AUGGAGGUAAAUAUCACAUUUUUGCACAUCCAAUACUGUGGUAUGAAAAAGCAAAGACCACAUGAAUGCUCCCACAAAGGUCAAGUUUAUCGAAAUGCCGAAAUCAUCACAGUCAUCAUGGAUGUUCCAUGGGUGCUCAAUGUUUCGAAGGGACGUGUUGUGUACAUCAAAGUUUUCAGAAGCAUAAUUAGCUAUAACUUCCAACGUGCUCCAAGGUUCCAAGGUCUCCAUAUUUCAAUUAGAACUGGUGUCAAAUCAACUGCGACAGCUGAUUGGCUUAUUACCGGGCGCAUCUCGGAGAACGCAGACCACCCAGUUCUUCGGUCACAUGAAUAUUCGACCCGCGAAACCUUAACAAGGGUUUUUCCUCUUCGUGACUUCGAGACUUUUUGUGCUAAAGGGUCUUUAACCCAAUUUCGAUCUCGAAUCUCGAAGUUCUUUGGGACGCCCUCUCAACUGGCAUCAUUAGAGCGUGUGAACCCUUCCUCGGUCGUAGAAGAGCCGGACUAUGACCGAAUCGGUGGUUUCAUCCCAUCUCUCCAGGCGAUAGCUUUCCAUCAUAAGCAAUACGGAUUUUUUAAUUCUAGAGAUGGAGAAUUCGAACAGAACGAUUUCCCAGUGUCUGUCGGAAGUUCCCGGGCGAAUAGGCUCUCAACGUGGUGUUACAGCACCACUUCGAGAGGUUAUCCCGACAACACUCGUCUCAGAAACACAAAAUCUCCACAUCAGGAUAAUUGA